AAGUUCCAUUUGACUGAAGAAGACCUUUAAAGCAGGGUAUUAGAGGAGCAAUUAUCAUAUAAAGCUUUAAUUAGCUUUAGUACUAAAACCACCAUCUAACCUCAUAUGUUUACAUUAAUAUAUACCUAAUCGCAUGUGUACAUAUAAUAUUGAAUUAAUAGUGUCUUGUCGGGAUGUCUAUUUUACUGAAAAAUCUUGAUAGUUAAUGUUUUAUGGACAACUUUGAUAGAUUAACUAACUAAUCCACCUGAAAUGAAUUUAGCUUUUACCGGCCGUCACCAACAGCUCUGCUUCCCUCUCUGUAAGACAGGGAACAGAGAAAAUGGUGAAUGUACAGAGCUUCACUUCUAACGGCUAAAUAUUGUCUUUUUCUCUUUUUUGUAAGCACAAGAAAAAGAAAAAGAUCACCCAUUUUUGGUCCCACAAAUCUCUCUCUCUCUCUCUCUCUCUCUCUCUGUUUUUAGCGGUUGUGUUUCGCAGCCUCCCCAUGCCUCUCUUUUAGAAGAAAGACAACAAACAGAGAAUUUUCUUUAUUAAUAUUUCUGUCAUGUGAUUUUUCUUUUCUUUUUUCCCCUCUUUCCUCCUCGUUUUCUUUGUUCUUUUUGUAUGCAUACCCAUUUGGUUUUCCUGGUCUAAUGUGGGGUUGAAUCCCCAUAUCUGACCCGUUUCCGGAUCUGGGUUGGUGGUCUCAGCUCCUCCGGAAACCAUUUUCUGAAGAAUGGGUUGCAUCAGCUCCAAGAGCACUGCCUGUCUGGAGGACCCAAAUGGCUCACCCCCUGUCCAUGACAGGGAGAAUGCCCCGGGCAUGAUCUCUGGCUUCUCCUCGAAAAAUGCAUCAGGCCAACACCACCACCGUCUUGUUGAUCAUUCGUUGGAGGAGAGUUAUGAAGACAGCCACAUCAGGCGUUCGAGAAAGCCCAAGAAAUCAGGGAGUUCUGAUCUGAAGACCGGUGUGAGCCUGGUCUCCGGAUUGUCUCAUAGGAACAUAGAGGCAGAGCAGGCUUCAGCCGGGUGGCCUGCCUGGCUUUGUUCCGCCGCUGCUGAGGCUGUCCAUGGGUGGGUCCCCCUCAGGGCAGAGGCCUUCGAGAAGUUGGAGAAGAUUGGACAAGGAACAUACAGCAGUGUAUUCCGAGCACGGGAAGUAGAAACGGGUAAGAUGGUUGCUCUGAAGAAGGUCAAGUUUGAUAAUUUCCAACCAGAGAGCAUUAAGUUCAUGGCAAGGGAGAUUCUCAUUUUACGGAAACUUGACCAUCCUAAUAUCAUUAAAUUGGAGGGCAUAAUCACGUCACGAAUGUCCAGCAGCAUAUACCUUGUCUUUGAGUAUAUGGAACACGAUCUUUCCGGUUUAUCAUCCAGUCCUGACAUCAAAUUCACGGAGUCACAGAUCAAGUGUUAUAUGAAGCAGCUACUACUGGGACUAGAGCAUUGUCAUUUACGAGGUGUGAUACAUCGGGACAUUAAGGCAUCGAACAUUUUGGUAAACAAUCAAGGGAUUUUGAAGGUGGGAGAUUUCGGGCUGGCAAAUAUAAUCACACCUAGAAACAAGAACCAGCUGACUAGCCGUGUGGUGACGUUGUGGUAUCGUGCUCCUGAGCUUCUGAUGGGAUCCAUGAGUUACAGGGUUUCAGUUGAUUUGUGGAGCGUGGGCUGUGUUUUUGCCGAAAUCCUCAUGGGAAAGCCUAUCUUAAAGGGCAGAACCGAGAUCGAACAGCUACACAAGAUCUACAAACUCUGUGGAUCUCCUCCAGAUGACUUCUGGAAAAAGUGCAAGCUUCCUCAAGCAACUGUGUUCAAGCCACAGCAUACUUAUGAGAGCACCCUUCGAGAUCGAUGCAGCGAAUUCACAGUAAACGCUGUGAAUUUGUUAGAAACUUUUCUCUCGAUAGAACCCGGGAAACGUGGGACUGCCUCCUCAGCACUUAAUUCAGAGUACUUUCUAACGAAGCCUUAUGCCUGUGAUCCAUCGUCCUUGCCAAAAUAUCCGCCUAACAAGGAGAUAGAUGCUAAACAUCGUGAAGAUUUGCGGAGGAAAAAAGCCAGCAUGAAGAUGCGAGAUUCCGGAGUUGGUAGGAAACAUAGGAAACCACAAAAACCGGGACCCGAACCAAAGACUCACUCUAAACAACCUUCGAGACAGGAGAUGCAAGAAGAAAACCCAUUUGCGCAUAAGAGCAGCAAUACACGCAGAGGAAGAGAGGCCGCACAACAAGACAAACCCUUUGACAAGACACCAUCUGAGGCAGCCACCACGGCACAGGGCGACUACUACCUCUACUUGAACAAUUCCCAAACCGCUGCACCAGCCAGCGGGUUUGCAUGGGCCACGAAAAGACGGAAGAACAGCGACAACGUCUCUACUCUGACCUACAACCAGCCCAGCUCGAGAAGCCAGUUGAGCGGAACGAGCAUUGCCUUUGCCAAGAACACUUUCGGGUUAAGCUUGAAUGACAAUGAUGAGGAAUCGAUGAAGAAGGUGCAAGGCCGGGACCGUGCCCAUCGUGGUGGUCAUGUUUUGGCGGUUCCUAGCGAGCCGUUGAGUCGGAUCGCCGAGCGGCGUGGGUCACACGAUGGGUCUGGUCUGGAUUUGAGUCAUGGUCUGGUGAAUGAACAGAGAGAGGACUCUCCAAAAAACAACUUGGAACAUUUACACUGGGGAAUACAGAGCGUAUCAGGACCGUUGGUUUUCCAAUCGAACAAGAUCGAUGAGUUAUUGCUAAGGAAUGAAAGCCGUAUCCGACGAGCCGCUAAAAAAUCACAGCUCGAAAGAGAACCAGAUGACCGAAGACAAAACAACUAAAACAACAGUUGUCAGGAGAGAGAAUUCUUAUCCAUUAUUUUUUUCGGCUCCGCUCUUUGUUAUACGACGAGAUCAAUGAAGGAAAUACGUAUAAAUACAAGAAAAUUUGUUUUUGGCA